AUGGCUGGAGUGCUAAGGCAUUUCAACUACCAUCUCCCUAUGAGGUUAGAAACAGAUGCAAGUGACUUUGCCAUUGUGGGAGUCCUCAAACAGGAACAUGAGAAAUGUUGGCAUCCUGUAGCCUUCUAUUCUAGAAAGAUGUUGUUGGCAGAGAAGAACUAUGAGAACCAUGACAAGGAGCUCCUGGCAGUAGUAGCAUGCCUCACCCAGUGGCGACACAUGCUCGCAGGACUACCUAGUCAAUUGGCUAUUCUCACAGACCAUGAGGCACUCAAGUACUUCAAGUGGCAGUGCCACAUCACUGGACAACAAGCAAGUGAAGAACAAGAGCACAAUGUGCAGCAACUGCUGCCUACCCAGGUAUUCAAGGGGGUGGAAAAUGAAAUCAGUAAAAGAAGUGGGAUACAGCAAAACCCAGCAGAAAAUGUAGUAGCAGGUGCAAUACUACAGAUUUCAGCAGAAUCAGUCCCAACAGCAUGCUCAGGCAACAAUUCUGCAUUAGUGGCUCCCAUGCUCACAAUGGAGUCCAUAGCAAUGCAGGAGCUCAAGGAGUUGACCAAGAUCUUUCAGCCCUUGGACACCAAGCUGCAGGAGAUACAUGUGAAGAAGCCAUUUGAGAUCAAAGACAGCUUGUGGCACAGUGGCAGAAGAUUGGUUAUCCCAAAGGUAACCAUGCCAGGAAGAACCAACAACCAUCAUUUGCAAAGUGCCAAAGAAGUAGAUGGACAAUCUCUCUCCAUUGAACAUCUAUGA